UGAACUGAAGAACGAAGCUGAAAGAUAGAAGAUGAAUUAUGUUUAUGUAAUUAACCAUAGAUGAAUGACCCUAUAAGAGUUUAACAAGAGACAAUUUCAUAACUUCAUUUCCAACCUAGCACAAGUAUUAAUAAUAAUUGAUUGGCAGAAUGUCAAUGAACUUUGAAAAUUUUGAUGUGCAUGACUGCACAAUCAUAACCAAAGCUGUGAAGUCAAGAAAUGUUGAGAAUGUGGAGAAAGUCAUAGCCUCACUGUUGAGUCAUGGGCUUGACAUCACUCACAGCCUCUGCACACCUGAUCAACAGGGCUACUCUGCUCUUCAUCAUGCUGUUUUGUACAAGGAUCUUGCAAUGGUGAAGAAACUUCUCAUGUAUGCAGAUAAAAGGUGCAUAAACAUGGAGAGUCAUGAUCGCUCCACUGCUCUGCUGCUUCUCUGUAGAAACUGCUUAGCCUCAGACCUGGAGGAAGAAAUAUUGGCGAGCCUUCUACAUGCUGGAGCAAAUCCCGACCUUCCUGAAAAAGAUCCAUUUUCCCUGCCCUUAUUGUGCGCCUUGGAGAGACGCUGGUGGCGAGGAGCUGAGCUAAUGCUGGACGCAGGGGCGGACGCCACAGCCACGGAUUUUGAGCACGAUGAGCUUCCAGCCACAUACUUUGCCCGGUAUAAUUUCGAAAUACUGAGUAACCUUUUGAGUCGAGGAUGUGACUGUCCUCAUCUCAAUGGUUGGAUAACUAAUAGAAGUCUAACAGACGCCCAAUUGAAGACUAUAUUGCCGAACAGCGGAUUGUCUAACCCUGGGAAUUAUCAGUUUUGGCUGGAUGUUCUGAUUGAUGCUGUCUCGGUGUCGUACCACGAGAGCGCUAUGUACAUUCUGGAUCAUUGCGCGUUUGACAUGCAUCAACUUGAGCACUUAAUCGAGGAUAUAUUUAAACCUAAUAAUGGAAUCAACUGGGCAGAUAAGAACAAGUAUAUAACUGUCAUGAUGAAGAAGAUCUUCAUGAGUAACGAUCGGCAUCAUAACAAGAACGAUCAGCUGAUAGACCUGUUCCUGACAUGCGCCACGUCCUGCCCGAUGUUUGACGACGGAGAAGUGUGUUGCGGUUCGUGCGACGUCAAUGUCGAACAAAUCUGGAUCAUUCUAGAACAUAUUAUUAGACUAGCCGAGCACAAUGGUCUACCCAUCGAGAAGUGGGAGCUAAGCAAGGAACGACUCAAAAUAACCUUUUGCAAUAUGAUACUGGCUGUGGCACAAUGUGAUUAUGAGGACCCGCAAAUAGAUCUUAACGUCCUCAACCUUGUGCUGUACGAGACGACUUUAUGUUCGGUUCCUCUCGUCUUGAAGCUCCUGCCACUGAUGAAACAGAAAGACGUCGUCUACACAAGUGUUUCUGAGCAUCGCGGUAUGAGCUUUCGUUCGAACACGUCAUUUUUCAUGCCUUCUCACUUGACUGUGCGCUUUUAUGCUGAACAGUGCAACGUGACUGCAUCUGAGAGCGAUUUCAAAUACUCGAUGCCACUUAUGGUGCCCGAUCAAAGGAUUUUAGAAUAA